AGUUUUUUCCCUUUAUUUUUCUCGCCUCUGGACUGGAAGGGCCCGCGCGAGGCUCUGCGUCUCUGCCCCUCCUGGUCUUUUGCUCACCCCCGCACAAAUCCCCAGAUUCACCUGCCUCGCGGCCGGGGAUGUCCCCACGGUGACGGCGGCGGGCGCCGGACCACACGCGGAGCUGGUGCCCUCGCCCAGGCUGCUGUAAAUACACACUCCCCCGUCUGCCGUCCUCUUUUUCGUGUUCUGAGCUCUCUGAAAAGAGAGAAGACGCAGGGGAGGAUGUGGCUGAAGCUUUUCUUCUUGCUCCUCUAUUUUCUGGUCCUGUUCGUCCUGGCCAGGUUUUUUGAGGCCAUUGUGUGGUAUGAAACUGGCAUCUUUGCCACCCAGCUGGUGGAUCCGGUGGCACUGAGCUUCAAGAAGCUGAAGACCAUUCUGGAGUGCCGGGGGCUGGGAUACUCGGGGUUGCCGGAGAAGAAGGAUGUCCGGGAACUGGUGGAAAAGUCAGGUGACCUGAUGGAAGGUGAGCUCUAUUCUGCACUCAAAGAAGAAGAAGCAUCGGAAUCUGUCUCCAGUACCAAUUUCAGUGGUGAAAUGCACUUCUAUGAGCUUGUGGAAGACACAAAAGAUGGCAUCUGGCUGGUUCAGGUCAAUGAAUGGUCAUUGAAGAUAAGAAAGGAAAUGAGAGUUGUUGACAGGCAAAUAAGAGAUAUCCAAAGAGAAGAAGAAAAAGUGAAACGAUCUGUGAAAGACGCUGCCAAGAAGGGUCAGAAGGAUGUCUGUGUGGUUCUCGCCAAGGAGAUGAUCAGGUCGAGGAAGGCUGUGAGCAAGCUCUACGCGUCCAAAGCCCACAUGAACUCCGUGCUCAUGGGGAUGAAGAACCAGCUGGCGGUUUUGCGAGUGGCUGGUUCCCUGCAGAAGAGCACAGAGGUGAUGAAGGCCAUGCAGAGUCUUGUGAAGAUCCCAGAAAUCCAGGCCACCAUGCGAGAGCUGUCCAAAGAGAUGAUGAAGGCUGGGAUCAUAGAAGAGAUGUUAGAGGACACUUUUGAGAGCAUGGACGAUCAGGAAGAAAUGGAGGAAGCAGCAGAAAUGGAAAUUGACAAAAUUCUGUUUGAAAUCACAGCAGGCGCCCUGGGCAAAGCCCCCAGUAAAGUGCCCGACGCCCUCCCGGAGCCCGAGCUGCCGGGGGCCAUGGCCGCGUCCGAGGAGGAGGAGGAGGAGGAGGAGGCCUUGGAGGCCAUGCAGUCCCGCCUGGCCACACUGCGCAGCUAGGGCUGCCGCCGGGAGCCGGGGCACCCGGGGCGCUGGGCCCCCACGCCGGCCGGGCCCCGCCCUGCCGCGCUGUCACACUACACCUCCCGGGGAGGGGGGGGCGCCGCGCCCCGAAGAGCGGGCUCUGCUCAUCUCUCGUCGCUCUCUGCGGAGGCUUGGGGAUCUCGGUAGGACUGUGCUUGAGAGGCGGUGUAAUAAAUGCACCCUUUCCAGGAGCACAUACUGCAGUAUCUUUUUCUGGGUGAGGGCAAAGAAAUCUGUCUUCUUGCGAAGCUCUUCCGAAUUGAUUGCCUGAAUUUUGAGGACUCUGUACAUUUUUUUUUUUGCCUGUAAAACACUAUAUAAAUGGAUUUUAAUAAAUUUCUGCUUUAACACUUGG